CCAGUAGACACCCGUAAGUCUCGCGGUGUUUUCCCUGUUCUCGUUGGAGAAGAAGAAUCGCGGAAGAGGAGGAAGGUUCCCUGACGGAUCACCGGGCUAACCAGCUAACAAAGAUUACUGCCAGUGUAAUCAACAGUUGAGUCGGGUUUACAGGUUAGAUAGACGCCCGGACCGAAGCAUCAAGAUGACAGCCGCGCCUUACAACUACUCCUACAUCUUCAAGUACAUCAUCAUCGGUGAUAUGGGAGUCGGCAAGUCUUGCCUGCUGCACCAGUUCACAGAGAAAAAAUUCAUGGCGGACUGUCCUCACACCAUUGGGGUGGAGUUUGGGACGAGGAUCAUGGAGGUCCACGGUCAGAAGGUGAAGCUGCAGAUCUGGGACACAGCUGGUCAGGAGCGUUUCAGGGCCGUCACCAGGUCCUAUUACAGAGGGGCGGCCGGGGCCCUCAUGGUGUACGACAUCACCAGGAGGAGCACCUACAAUCACCUGAGCAGCUGGUUGACAGACGCCAGGAACCUGACCAACCCAAACACGGUGAUCAUCCUGAUCGGGAACAAGGCCGACCUGGAGGCUCAGAGAGACGUGACGUAUGAGGAGGCCAAACAGUUUGCUGAGGAGAACGGUUUGCUGUUUCUAGAGGCCAGCGCUAAGACAGGGGAGAACGUGGAGGAGGCCUUCUUGGAAGCAGCAAAGAGGAUUUACCAGAACAUCCAAGAUGGCAGCCUGGACCUGAACGCCGCUGAGUCGGGAGUCCAACACAAACCGUCUGCGCCGCAGGGAGGCCGUCUCAACGCCGACAGCCAGCCAGCCAAAGAAGGCUGCAGCUGCUAACCACAGACAGGAACUGCAGACCCAUGGACGGACGGACGGACGGACACGUGCACAGAGAUCCCCUCUCCACCAGGCACCAACAUGCAUCAAAUAGGAUUUAGUUGGAUUACAUGGAACGCGGACCCCAGUUCACUUCCCAAGACAAGAUUCAAACAUCCUCCACCCAGUCAGUCACUUACCCACUUUGGAUAAAUCAGGACCCUUUCAACUGAGUCCUGGACCACCUGCGACCACCAAGACCACCAUGUGCCACCUCUGCAUCAAAUCUGAAUCAGUGCUGAGCAAAUCCCGCAUCAGCACCAAACGAGUCCCUGAGCCGCACCAGGAUCACGCUGGCUCACAUCCUGGUCACAGUCCAGCCUUCAGCUCGUAUUCAGGCACACAUGAGCCAGGCUUGGACUGGGCCAGUCUGGACUGUUCUAAGCCCAGGGGGGUCCAGUGAGUUCCCCCAGGAGCAGAAAGACCUUAACCAAGAUUUGGGACUACGGUCCCGACCCCAGCUGUUCCAGGUCUGGAGCUCCUGUCUGGAUUUGGGACUUCCUUCAUCCAGAAUGCAAAACAGCCAUAGACAAAUAAAGGUGCAGGAUUCAAAUUUGGAAAUUCUUAGCCGAGCGCCACCUCCUCUCCAAAUCCUCAAAUCUGGACCGUAGGGUCAGAUUUAGCUCUAAUCCAGAUCAGCCUGUGCCCACUUAUGACACUCACUCUUGGAUUUACAGUCGGACUUUGGUUUCAUGUUCCUGUGAUCUUCUGCCAUUUGUUUUUGAGUUGGAAAAGUCUUUAAAAUUCAGAGAUCCAACACAGAGCGGCCUGGACGUCUGAACUGUCCUCUGGGACCCCUCCUGACCCGGACCACCUGUCACUAAUGUGGAUCAGAAGACGCUUUAAUGCUGUCAUCUGAUGUGAGAUCGACAGGUUGGUCCAGCUGCGUUCACUCCUGGGGCUAAUGAUGUCAUUUUACUUCAUGGUACAGAUGCAGAUUAAAGGGGCACUUCACUGAUUUUACACAUGAGGAUCAUUUUACUCUCGAAAGGGUUUUGACAUCCGACCCGUUUUAAAGGCUGGAUAUCUCAGCCUCCGCUGCCUCGGUUUCGAUCAGUCACCUGCAAGUUCCCCGACUUUAUGGACGUCCUUAAAGCAUUAAAGUUUGCAUUUUGUGUUGUCCAGCCAUGUCUAAGUCACUGGAGUGUCCCUUUAGUCCCGGGUGGAAGGAGGACUCGCAGUGAGGAUCUGAGCUCACAUGAAGACAAACAUGCACACACCAGUUUGGAUGAUCAGCAUUAACACACAGUCAGGGUCUUCGUGGCUCCGGCAGUUUGGACCUGAAACCACUGAAAUUAAUUUUAAAUAAAAGUAGCUGAGGACACUAAGACCCCGUCCAUCCAGAUUAAACCGAUUAUUAACCGGACCCAGUUUUGUUAGGGUCCUGAGGCAGGUCUCGGUUACCCGGACCCUCGAAAACCACUAAUAAACCGACACAUUCAUAGACAGGAUCCCCAACUUCAGCCAGUAAACCAAACCCACCGUCUGUGUCCUCCACGCUUUGCCUUUUUAACUGAUUUUAACUGAAUGAACAUCGAUUCUUCUGUGGAGAGAUCAAACACCUGGUGGACGAAGGUGACGACGAAGACAAAAUUACACACCUGAACAACAAUGUUGGUCCCUCAGUGGAUCAGUUCAGGAUAGAUUUUAGUUCAGUUUGUCUUGGUAAUGUUUUUUUUUUUUUCUAACACACACACACACACACACAGUGCAUUCUUCAUUGUCACAGCUCCCCCUAGUGGCCAUCUCCUGAAUCCCUCUGAUUUAAAGGGGGAAUAAAAGUGGAAGUGAGGCAGAUUGUUUUAAUUUAUUCCUUUCUCAUAGUUUUAGCUUGAGAUAACACUUUACUUUACUUGAAUGUGAUUUCUGGGUCAUUACAGCUAAACUGUUGUGGUGCUUUGAAGGCGUCACGCGUCUUAAACUAAACUGAUUAUUGUUCAGCUGAAAGAUCAGAGACAAAUGACUUGGCUUGUUGUCCCACAGAAACAUUUUGACUGUGCAGAAGGACUCGUCCCACCCGGUGAAAUGUCGUAGUGCGAUCCAGUUCGACUCGAAAUGUCUCGCGUCGUGAUAUCCUCAAGUGCUUUCAAGCUUCCUGUGCAGUCAGCCAUCAGCUAAAAUAUAAAAUUAAACUUGGUGUCCUCCCAGUCCCGACUGGACUGGUCCGUAAACUUUGCUCCUGAAGAAGCGUCUCAGCGCCGAGCAGAUAAUGUAGCUCUGCUGAACUUAGAUCUGCUUUUAUUUUUCUCUUAAAAUAUUUUGAAGCUCUAUUGAUUCAUUUUGUGUUCCCUAAAGGAGAAAAACCAAAACGAGCCAACAGAUGUGCACAUGUUAAAACACACAGCGGCUCACCGCGAUUCGCCCGUCCGCACCGCGAGGCCGCGGUUCAGGUUCUGUUCUGGUGGCGAGUCUGGCCCGCAUCCUGUGUACAUAACCAGUCAAAACACAAGUGUUGGGGCUGUUGAAGCCAGAGGAGUCCUGGACCACGUCGGUGCAGACUGAGUCCACUUCUGUCUGAAUGGGGCGUGAUCAGUGUGGUCUCGCUCUUCGCUGUCCUCUGAUUGGUGGACAGCAGCCUUCGUCAGCUGUGAUGAGUCAUGGGUGAAGCUCCUCCCUCAGCUUAAAAAAAAAUCACAACAAACUCUGCAUUUCUCAUUGCUUUUCAUCUUUUAAUAACCUGCACGCUGCAUCCGCUAAUGAAAGAUUUCCUCUUGAACGCUUAAUCAGUUUUAAUCUGAAAGAUGUGAAGUUUCUGGGAACCGAACGGUCACGACGAGAAGCCGCCGGAUUGACUGUCAGAAGACAAACUCGUGAGGUUGUGACCGCUGCCUUAAGCUUCCCUCGCCAAAACAAAACGCAAGCAGUUACAGGAAAUAUAAUCAGAUUACAGCAGAGGAGUCAGGACUGUUGCUGCAGUGUUUAAAGAUGCUCGCUCUGGUUUUUGUUUGUGAUCAGGGAUCCAGGAGGACAGCAAGACCGUCUGUAAGGAAAGCGAGCAGCUAAAUGUCUUUUUAUACCAGUAAAGAGAGCAGUUCUUAGCUACUUAAACGAUUCAGUGUGUUUGAUGAGCGGUCAGAAGGAGGCGCUCUGACGGCAGGACGGAGGGACAGGAUGUGACGGAGGUCUGGUGUAAACCCCGCCCACUGGCUCUGACAUCAUCUGUAUAUUUUAUUGUUUUGUCUUUCUGUUGAUUUUCUGUCUGCUGAAAUAACAAACCUGCUUCUCAUGAUUCUUUGACUAUUUAUAUUCUAAAUCUGUCAUGUUUUACUGCAGCUGUACUUUUCAUUGUAUGACCUUGAGGAUUCAGUUAUUUGUAAAUAAAGUAUACAUACUGUAUAU